AUGGCCUUCGGCAAGACUACCGGAGGCAACAGUGCCUACCACAACUAUAACAAUGACUUUCUCCACGUCCAGGAUCUGAACGAGCGCCGCCGCCUGGCCCUUGCGGAGAUCGACAAGGCUCCCUUCGGCUGGUACCAUGUCCGUGCCAUCGUGGUCGCUGGUGUUGGUUUCUUCACGGACUCCUACGAUAUCUUCACUGCCUCCAUGUUGACCAUUAUGCUGGGCAUCGUCUACUUCCCCGGUGUUGGUGUUAUGCCUACCUCAUCUGACAGCGCCAUCAAGCUCGCUACUUCCGCCGGUACCGUCAUUGGUCAGGUUGGAUUCGGUAUCAUGGCCGAUUUGGUCGGUCGUAAGCGCAUGUACGGUCUCGAACUCAUUGUCAUCAUCUUCGCUACCAUCGGUCAGGCCCUGACCAGCGGCUCCCCUGCUUGCGAUAUCAUUGGCCUCAUCAUCUUCUGGCGUGUGAUUAUGGGUAUCGGUAUUGGUGGAGAUUAUCCCCUUUCUUCCAUUAUUACCUCUGAGUUCGCUACUACCAGAUGGCGUGGUGCCAUGAUGAGCGCCGUCUUUGCCAUGCAGGGUCUCGGUCAGCUCACCGCUGCUCUUGUCAUGCUCUUCGUCACUCUCGGCUUCAAGGGCUCACUGUCCUCUGCUGCCAAGGUUGCCCAGUGCUCUGGUGUUUGCCAGCUCGCUGUCGACAAGAUGUGGCGUACCCUGAUCGGUCUCGGUGCCGUUCCCGCCUGCAUUGCCCUGUACUAUCGUCUCACCAUCCCCGAAACUCCUCGUUACACUUUCGAUAUCGCUCGUGACGUCGAGCAGGCUGGCGAUGAUGUCGUUGCCUACGUCACUGGCAAGCGCGAGGGCCACCCCGACGAGAUUGCCCGCAUCACUGCCAACAAGGCUGCCCAGCAGACCCUCCAGGUCCCCAAGGCCAGCUUCAAGGACUUCCUCGCCCACUACGGCAAGCUCAAGAACUUCCUCGUCCUGUUCGGCACUGCUGGUUCAUGGUUCUGCCUUGAUGUCGCCUUCUAUGGUCUUUCUUUGAACAACGCUACCAUCCUGGGCGUCAUUGGCUACUCUACCAAGAACGCUGCCACCGUCUACGAGUACCUGUACAACACCGCUGUUGGUAACAUUGUCAUUGUGCUCGCCGGUGCCGUCCCUGGAUACUGGGUUUCCGUCGCUACCAUUGAUACCCUGGGCCGCAAGACUAUCCAAUUUGGUGGCUUCGCUAUCCUGACCAUUCUCUUCAUCAUCAUGGGUUUCGCCUACAACCACCUUAGCUCCAACGGCCUUCUUGCCAUCUACGUUAUCGCCCAGUUCUUCUUCAACUUUGGCCCCAACACCACCACCUUUGUCGUUCCCGGUGAGGUGUUCCCCACCCGUUACCGUUCCACCUCCCACGGUAUCUCCGCUGCCUCCGGCAAGAUCGGCUCCAUCAUCGGCCAGGGUGCCAUUGCUACCCUGCGCACUCGCGGCGCUACCAAGGAGGUCACUGCUCCCUGGAUGGACCACGUCCUUGAAAUCUAUGCCCUCUUCAUGUUGCUCGGCUGCUUCACCACAAUCUUCAUCCCCGAAACCGCCCGCAAGACCCUUGAAGAGCUCAGCGGUGAGAAUGACUACGCCGUUACCCACCACGAUGACCCCGUCGUCCGCCCCGGCUCUGAGGUCGUCACCAUGAUCUCUGCCGAUGGCGAGUCUCCCAAGGCUCUUGCUUAG